AACCUGUGCGCUUCGACAUGAUGACAUCGACGCGUCCUCCUCGCCGGUUGCUCGGACAUUCCUCGCAGAGUCGCAGGGCGUAAGAGAAAAAAUAAUCUCAAACAACGAAACUCAGGCGAGAGAGAGAGAGAAAUGAAGAAGUCGGGAGGAGCUGAGAAGAAGAAAGUGAGAAGAUCGACGGGAGGUUCCGUACAGAAUGGCCCCAGAGGUCCCGUCGCCGACAACCCUCCUAGGAAACAAGCUCCAAAGAAAGACGUUUUCCAGUUGUUUGCUGAGAGGGUAAGGGACCACAAGGAUCUGGAAUCAAGGUGGGCCGUGUUACAGGAAACACGAGUCGAGUAUUUCAGAGGAAAGGACUUUGUAAGAUUCUUGAAGAAACACCCCGAGCUGAAAGAUAUCUUGGAAUCAGACAGGAAUCUCGAUGCAGAAGACAUAGCCAAUGCUUUGGUGAGGAAGAAUCUUCUGGUUAGGUGUGAUCGUGUUGUGAAAACCAUUCGUCCCGGAAAGAAAAAGUUAUCUACUUGGCCUGCUCAUUUGGAGAUCUUCUCUGAUCAAGUUUUCUCCGAAAAUGAUGCCUUUUUCGCGUGGACGUUCAUUAGAAGACACCCUUUAUGGCAAACGCUUCUCUCGUUCUUCUGGCCUGUACUAACCCUCGCGAUCUGCUUGUUUCCUAUCUAUCCACAUCGGUGCAAACUACUGAUACUAUAUUCAUGUGCCGGCAUCCUCCUCAUGAUACUGACUUUUCUUUUGUUGCGAGCAAUGGUGUUUGGCGCCGUAUGGAUCCUUCUUGGAAAGAGGGUUUGGUUCUUCCCCAACAUUCUGGCGGAAGAAGCAACGCUUCAGGAGCUUUUCCGUUUCUGGCCAAAGAGAGACGAAGAAGAGCCUCCAAAAUGGACAUCACGGAUUUUCUACGCCGUCGUAGCUGUAGUGGUCAUUUUGUUACUCAGGCACCAUGCUCCCGAUGAGGCUGCCAGAGCGAGAUAUCAUAAGCGAAUGUCGAACAUCAUAGACGAUGUACUCGAGUGGUCUCCCAAGCUAGCACUGUCAGGGAUGAUGGAGAAGCAGCCGGAGGACGAGGAGCCUGUUGUAGUAAAUGCAACCGAACCAACAGAUUCUUCUUCGGACAGGAACCACCAGUCAGGUUCUGAACAUGUGGAUCCGCCGGAUCUUACAGGCACAGAAUCAAUCCGAUGAGGAUGAUAACAGGGUUCGAGAAGAAAGAUCAAGUAGUGCGUCACCACAUCAUCCUUAAGGCAAAAACCCAAGUACAGAACGAAGACGAUGAACUAGAACAGGAUCUGUCUGGUUCAGCUCUCACGGAUUACGAUGGAAAUUUUUUCUAACUAUACAAUCGUGACUAGUACCACAUUCUCUGGGAUUUUUCAGGCAAGAGAAAUGUAUAAUAGCUUCAAACGCCACACGUAAUGAAAAGAGUUGGAACAUAAAAAAGUAAUAACACAUAAACUCAAUCA